AUGCCCAUCUUCGCAACAAGCCAGGAAUGGCUCCAUCAGUCACAGCUCCUGCUUGAAGCCCGUCCAGCAACGACGAGGGUGACUACGCGCUAUUCGAUCCGCAAGGCCGAGCAGAAACCACAUAAAGACGGUGAGACCCUGCCGGACGCAAAGCCGCCGCGGGCCAGGCUCGUUCUCAAGACUUAUGACGAUGUCAGCGGCGCCUGCCUCAAAUACCGAACCAGCAAGGCGGCCGAGGUCUCGCGUCUGAUCCAGAUGUUGGGGAGCCUGGGGAGGAAGCAGGCCGCGCUUCCGCCCCGGGACGAUGGGCUGCUCGAGCCUGCGGGCGGUGCCGUGCCAACGCCGAUAGAGUCCGAAGCGACGACAGGUGCUGCGGCGAGGUCCCAACAACCACCGGCGCAACAGCAAGGAGGUGGCGCAAAGGGCAAGAAGAAAAAGGGCAAACGAUAA